CGCUCUGACAGACAAAUCAGUGCUAUGUGAUGGUGCGCGACCGAGAAACAAUCACAAAUAUUAUAUAAAACCUUUAAGAAAAUAACAGGAAAGGCAGCUGAAAUAUACAUAUACUACACCAGAUGUCAAGUAAUUACCAUUGCGCGCUUAACGGAAUGACAGCGGCAGUUUGCGCAUCCUUUUGUGUCUUGAAAGAUUUCUAAAUCAUUACUUCGUCGUGGUAACUGCCCAUUCCCUCUGGAAAAAUGAGCUCCUCCCCUCACACAUCCCAUUCCUCCAUUGACAUCCUGGAUGAGCUGCAGCUCAUCACUGCACAUAAUUUGGAGAAGGUGGACAUCAAUAAAUAUUAUGAGGUGAUCAGGGAGCUUGGCAAGGGCACCUAUGGCAAAGUGGACCUGGUCAUCCACAAGAUCAGAGGCACGAAAAUGGCCCUGAAAUUCUUGCGGAAGAAAACCACCAAACCGAAGAGUUUCCUGCGAGAGUACAGCAUCUCACUCUACCUGUCACCCUGUCCUUUCAUCAUCAGCAUGUUUGGUAUCGCCUUUGAAACUGAUGAAUACUACAUCUUCGCUCAAGAAUACGCGCUGGCAGGCGAUCUCUUUGACAUUAUUCCUCCCCAGGUAGGAUUGCCUGAGAGUGUGGCCAAGCGUUGCGUGCACCAGGUGGCGAUUGCACUGGAUUACCUGCACUGCAAGAAGCUGGUACACCGUGAUAUAAAGCCAGAGAACGUCCUCAUCUUUGACAAGGAGUGCCGGAAGGUGAAACUGUCAGACUUUGGCAUGACACGCCGUGCCGGCUCUCCAAUGAAGCGGGUGAGCGGAACCAUUCCGUAUACAGCGCCAGAACUGUGCGACCCCGGGCGGCAAGAGGGCCUGUAUGUAGACUACAGCACAGAUGUCUGGGCUUUUGGUGUGCUUCUUUUCUGCAUGCUCACCGGAAACUUUCCCUGGGAAAAGGCGCUGCCAUCUGACACCUUCUACGAAGAGUUUGUGCACUGGCAGCAGCGACGGAGGCGGACAAGAUCUGUCCCGUCACAGUGGCGCCGUUUCACAGAUGAGGCACUCAGCAUGUUCCGCUGCCUGCUAUCUAUCGAACAGGACCACCGAUGCUCUGUCAAGGAGGUCUUUAGCUACUUCAAUCACUGCUGGAUGCUCGACACAAAGAACGGCAAUACAACCCACCCUUGCUCCAGUAAAGGCAACAGUGGCACUGUCAUAAAUGGACAUCAGGCUGAGCUUAGCUCCACUUCUUCUUCAGAAGAUGAGUUGGUGGACCGCUUGAAGCAGCAGAACUUGUCGCCAGGGUGUGGGGUAGCUAAAGAGUGCAUCGUCAUGGAGCCGGUGACAGCACACUACUCCUCAACGUCUACAAACAGCCCUCCUUCUUCCACUGGAGGCUAUGAGCGCAUCACCCGGGACAACAACGGCAACAGCGGUCGCAUCCUAGGGACGACGCCAAUUGAAAUAUGCGUGUAGAGAAGUCACUGGCACUAACCUACCUUGCACAUACACUUCAGAUGACUAGAUAACAGGAAGAACUCAGGUCCUUGAGAAGAAAAAGCUUGAGAAGGAAAGUCUGUAGCUGAUGCUCGUCGCAAGUGCUCCUAGAGCAUCCCAAGAAGAUUUGAAAGCAUAAAACUGUUCCUUAUGACGAGUGUUUCCGAGGGAAUGUGAAAGACAAUCUGACGAUUGUGUCUCAACCAUGUUUUCUACAUAUAAUCAGUCCAAAAAGAAGGAAAUACAUAUUGAAUCUUCAGAAGAAUAGAAGAACCUCUUCUGUGAAAAUACCAAGCAAUAUGUUGAACGUUUGGCAAAAAAAUGAUUGAAUUUAGGAGAUUUUAAAAACAAUCCAAUUUUUUAAAUAUGGAACAUGGCAAAAACUUUUAAUAGUGGAGACUUAUGUGGUUUUGGAAGCACAGUGUGAACUGUGUUGGUAUUGUUUCAUGCUUGUGUAUCCCUGUGGUCAGUGGAUAUGACUUUGGAAGCUUUUGCUACUUUAUAUGUGUUGUAUUAUUUAUUUUGGUCCUUCAUCCCCUAACCUUUGCAUUAUGUAAUAUUGUAGCAUUACAGAGUUAAAAUGAAUAAUUUGCAGAGAAACUGCAUUGUAAAAACUCAUUGUUAAACCAAAACUGACAAGUACAAGCUUGAAAAUACAGGAUAAUAGGAGUCCCAUAUGGGACAUGUUUAUUUUAAAGUAAAAAGAACUGUAAGACACCUCAUUGUAUAUUUCUUUUUCAUUCUUUUUUUUGUUUGUUUUUUUUUGCUGGGCAUUCUUUUUGAGCACCAUAGAUCAAUUCCUGAUAGCAUGUGCGUGAGCAAGAUUUUUAUUCAGUGUGUUUGUUUUCAUCUAGAAGAAAGUCUAGACAUGUCACGAGAUGCUGAAAUGUUACAAUAUUCAGCAGAUAUUUCAGAACAGGUCCUUACAUGUGUUCUGAGUAUAUGAAUAAGAUGUUUACUGGAAGUUUGUACACAAAUAUGAUGCUUCAAAUAGAACGCAGUGCUUUCCAGAUGAUACGCUCUUUCACAGAUGUUUGGGUGAUGUAUGUUUGGUUAAGUAGUGUUUAAGGAUUCCUCAGGUAUACCAUUCACUGUGUAAUGUUUAACACUCACUUUAUUACUCCACCGUGAUCUUAUUAUUAUUUGCUGGUAUUUGUACGCAAAGUGGGGUUCUAGCACAAGUACAUUUUCGGACAUUUGGAUUGACACUAAAAUGUACAAUAGCAAUUUACUGACAGCAUCUAAAAUGUAAACCUUUUUACGUACUGUUUGUACAACUUAAAGGCCUUUGCACACUAGAAGAUGAAUGAAAGAAUGAUUAGACGAUUAGAAAGAAUCGAAUGUAAAAAAUAAUAAUAUUAACGGUUAAAACAUGCUAUCAAUUUGAACAAUAGUGAUUGUAUCUUAUUGCCAUGUACACUCACUUAGCACUUUAUAAGGAACACCUGUACACCUAUUAUUCAUGCGAUUAUCCAAUCAGCCAAUCAUGUGGCAGCAGAGCAAUGCAUAAAAUCAUUCAGAUACAGGUCAGGAGCUUCAGUUAAUGUUCACAUCAACCAUCAGAAUGGGGAAAAAAUGUGAUCUCAGUGAUUUAGACCAUGGCAUGAUAGUUGGUGCCAGACGGGCUGGUUUGAGUAUUUCUGUAACUGCUGAUCUCUUGGGAUAUUCAUGAACUCUUUACUCAGAAUGGUGCCAAAAACAAAAAGCAUCCAGUGAGCCAGAGGUGUACUCAAGACCAGACCCUUCAAGACCCAGACCAAGACUAGACCCCUUGAGACCCAGACCAAGACUAGACCCUUCAAGACACAGAUCCAGACCAAGACCUAUCCCCAAGACCCAGACCAAGACCUGUCAGUCUAGAAGCCAGGUAGUACAUUUUAAUGAAUCAAGAUGCUGAAUUUAUAUUUGAAGAAUCUUCUCAAAGUUUUUAAAUGCAAAUCUUACCACUGCAGGAUCUGGCAUUUUCCAGACAGCUAUAUAGAGUAAAAAGACCAGUUUUACAAGAUGUCUUCGUAACCCAAAUGCCUAGCUAUAUAAAUAAUACAUCUAAAGUAUGCAUUAUUAAUAUAAAAAAAUAAUAAUGUUUAUUUUACAAAAAUCACAGACAUGUCUGUUGAGCACUUGAGUGCAACGGCAAAUCAGAGGCAUUUAAGUCACAGGCACAGAAGAAAUCCGCUCAGCGCGUGCUGCUGUACUCUCGCGAAUGAUCUCAUUAUAAACAACAGAAACCAUUUAAAUAAGAAAUGUAUUGUUCAGUGUAGACAGCUUCAUUGAUUAUACCGGGAGUUUUGGCGAGAGUGCAGAACACAGACGGUGAGUUCACGCUGAACUGAAAUGAUUGACAGCUUAAGUGAUUUUAAAGGGAAUGUUCUUUGCUCGCUUUCUGUAUAUAAUUUAAUCACAAUUUGAAUAACAGUUGUUUUUCAUGCUGCUAAGAGGAGCUAUUUGAAAUUGACCGUUUAGCAACCAGGUUGCCUUUGUGAGUAUACUUUUCUGACCGCGAGCAAACACGAAAACGUUCAACGCAUGCGAACUACAGCUGCUUUGUGAUACUAUUUUAGUACAGUUAAUGGCUGGCACAUGCGCCAUCGAUGCACACAGACAAGGUCCGUGCUCACGUGUCAAGAAAAUCUGAGCGGCUGUAUUGAAAACGAAAUUUGCGUCACGCAUACUGUUCACGGAGCGAUCAGCAACACAGACAUGCAAAUUAUACUUUGGCCUUAAUGAUUAUUUUGUGUUGUUAGACCAUAGUUCUUGCACCUACAUUCAUGUGAUGAGCGAGACAGUGCUUGUUGAAGCAUGCAUGAUGACACAGAGGCAGAAGUACUUACAAAUUCUCAGUAAUGGUGAAGAUGCAACGCCAACUAGUGGUUGAAAUAAUUAUCACAUUUAGUGCACUGGUAAAAUACACUGUGGUCUUUACUAAGACCAUAAGCCGAGACCCAGACCCAGACCAAGACACUGAGUAACGAGACCCAGAUCCAGACCUGCAGUGAGUGGCAGUUCUGCGGCAAAAAUGCCUUGUUGAUGAGAGAAGUCAACGGAGAAUGGCCAGACAGGUUCGAGCUACCAGAAAGGCUUCGGUAACUCAGAUAACCCCUCUGUACAAUUGUAGUGAACAGCAUAGCAUCUCACAAUGCACAACACUUCGAACAUUGAGGUGCAUGGGCUACAACAGCAGAAGACCACGUCGGACACUUUAUUAGGACCAUAGUGUUCCUAAUAAAGUGCUCAGUGAGUGUAUAUCUACUUAAAUGCUACGGCUCCUGACACGUUAUAUUUUAUUGAUCAGGGCAUUUCAUCGCCGGGCGAAGAAAAAAAUCAGCACAGUAAACAAAAAAAACGUGCUUUGUCAGCGUGCAAAUGUUAGCUCCAGGUGUGAACAGAUUCAUAGGAAUCCAUUGUUUCUAUUCAAAAUGUUACUCGCUACAAAAACUGGUGUAUGCAGGACUGUAUUAACGCGAGGGCUUACCACAUUCAGCGGGAGACGCUGAUGUAAACACAUAGACGAUGCACAGUGGCGAAACCUGUCCAUGUAGUGCAUGGUCAUAGAGUAAUAACAUUGCCCCUCCUCCACUCGAAAAUGUUCUGGCAAUUUCAGUUCAGACCAGUCUUUAGAGGAUUAGUAAUUAAGAUUUAUACUUCUUUAAAGUUGUACAUAUUAAAAGGAGUUUACAUUUUAGAUGGUGUCAAUACAUUGAUAUUUUAUAUUUCAGAGUAGAUCCAAAUGUAUACCAAAAUGUACACAUACACUUCAUGUAAUAAUAUGAACAAGAUCACCUUGAUUACUUAGUUGAGGUGUAAAAAUCAAGUGUAGUCGGGUUUGCUGUUAAAUUAUGUCAUAUUUAUAUGUUCUUUGACAAAUGGAAGGGGCACUGAUGUCUAAAGGAAAUGCUGCUUUGCGCCAGAGAAUUAACUUCCUCCAGUAUAUCCGCACAGUAUCCUUUUUAUUAGGGCCCUUAAUUCAUACUGAAUAAAUUUUUUUUUUAUCUGCUGCUGAACCUUGAAUACUUUACAUUUAGCUCAUAUAUGCCCAUAAAGUCAAAUGUACCACCUGGUCCAGAACAAGUCUUGCACAAUUUUACAGGUUUUCGUUGUUAAAAUAUUUAUCUAAUGUUUUAUGACAUUUGUUUAAUUUCUUACUCUUGUUUGAAGACAGAUAGCAAAGGAAUUUAUUUGAAUCUUGAAUCAUUUUGACCUUGUGUUGUUAAAAAGCAAAAAAAUAAAAAAAUAAAAUCAAAAGGUGUGGGCAAAUGUUAGAAAGAGUACUUGACAUCUUGCAUGAAUAUAAAAAAAAUCAGAUUGUGAAAAUGAUUGUGUAGUCAUACUUUCAAGUAGCACAAGUUUACAACAUUUGAUAUAAAUUUCAAUGAAGUCCAAAAGAAAAUGUACAAAUAAAAAAAAUAAAAUGGUUGUUUUUUAAUACUUGUUGUGCUGAAUGUGCACCUCCUUGCAGGCAAACAUUGAUGUACAAGGCUGUGCAUAAUGUAUUGAUAUUUUUUUUUUUCGUUUGUUUUUGCUCUGAUAUACAAUUCAUGUAGAAGUUCAGUGCUGCACUGAGAGACAUUUUAAACUUGCAAAAAUGAUUAAAAACUUUCUUCAAGAUGACAAAAGCAAAAAUAGACAUCUUAAUGUGUUGU